CCUUCUUUCCAGCACAUUAUGUUUAAUGAUAUUAUAUUUAUAAGUGGCCGACUAUCAUAAUUGGAACACUAUUUCCAGCACCUUCCUUCUCUUCCUUCAUUAUUUUAUAACCCCACUUUAGUUCCUUAAGUUUCUUCUUCUCUGCCUUCUUCUUCACGGUGGCACAGUGAAAGUCAGAGCAACGAGAGAGUGAGACUAAGAGGGAAACUUGAAAGAACAAAGAGACUCGAGAGAGAUGGGAAGAGAGAGAUCCGGGUGGCCCGUGAAGGAGAAACCCGGAGAUACCGUAGCAGACCCGUGACCCAUCGACGCCGACGAGCCGUGAAGACCGAACCUCCAUCUUCGGUGACCGGUCCAGUGCUCGAUUCCCGGCAGCUGGAGACCGUUCUCCGGUGGAUCCCGUCAUGACCGUGAGUCAUCCAGCCCAGCCCAACCCGAUCAACCCGUUCUGGCCGUGACCCAUAGAGCCCAGACCCAGACUCCCAGCCGAACCGUAGCCGGCCCUCCACCGUGACCCAACCCAGACCGUGACAGCCGUGAAACCCGACCCGUACCCGUGUGAUCCGACAGUUUGAAGGCCAGAAUUCCGACGAAAAAUGAUGUGAAUUUCCGGUGGUUUCUCCCUGGAAUUUCGCUAGAUGAUGAAUUGAGAGACUGUACAAAAAGGAUUGUGAGUAUUCCUUACUCACUCAGGCCUAUUAUGCAGGUACGAAAGAUUAGGGCUCAAGAGGUGUUAUAGCUAAGGAUGAAUAAUUUAUAUUUUGUUUGUAGUCUUCUGUGUUUAUAACGUUUUAUGUUGACAAGAUUGCUAAUGAUUUAUAUGUAUUCUUUUGUGUCAUCAUGGACACCUAUUUCCUUGUAUUUGUUAUAAGUAAUUUCUAAGGAAUAUCUAGAGGUAUUUAAUUUAAAGGCUCUAAUGUGUUAUUUAAUCCAAGCCUGUUGGAUAAAUUAUAUUUUCCGCUGCCAAUUUAUACUCUGAUGAUGUAGUAAUGUCACGUGGAAAUCGAAAUUUUCACUUACGCCUUUUUGUAAAAGGCGGGGCGUUACACAGGUGCAUGAUAUGCCAUUAACAUGCAUGAACAAGGAGGUGGGGAUCCGUAUUGGGGAUUCUCUAGGGAAGGUUGCGGAAGUGGAUGUCACGGGUGAUGGCAUAGGAUGGGGGAGAUGUCUUCGAAUUCAAAGUUUUCUAGAUCUUACUAAACCUCUUGAACGAGGCAAGGCCGUGCUUAUUAAUGGGAAAUCGGUGUGGAUUUCUUUUAAGUACGAAAAGCUCCCUCAGUUUUGCUAUUCAUGUGGUCGAAUUUUCCAUGGGGAGAACAAAUGUAGGGGAAAUGGAGGCUUCCGAUUGAAUGGAGAGGCAGUGGUCAAACAGUGGGGUGCAUGGAUGCGAGCCGAUGAUCUUCGAUUUCAGAAGGGGAGAUUUUUGAAGGGGGCUUCGAGCGAAGCACCAACGGUGCCAGAGGAUUCCGGCAACUCGGGGGCGGAUGGUGAAGGCAAUUCAGUUGAUAAGAGUAGUUCACGAACUGGCCGUAUAAUCAAGGAUCACCAAACUACUCCAACAAUCCCGUCAGUUGAGGCUACGAUUGCGGCAACUGUUCACAAUCCUCAACGUGUGCAUCGUGCUGAAGUGGUUGUGAAGGAGUCUCUCUCUCAACUUCCUAUUGAGGGAGGGAUUCUAAGGAAAAAAGAAAACGUGGAAAAUGAGGGCUGUUCGGUGGGGCCCUUAACGCUAUCCACGGAGGAUCUCAUGGAAUGUUAUAUGCAUAAGGAUCAUGGGGGUCUUGUUCAUCAACAAAACAGUUUGGUUGUGCCAGCUGUCUUUGUAGCUGCUUCUCUAAUGCUUGACGAUCAUGCAUGCAAAGGGGACAUGUCAUUAGUGAAAGAUAUACAUGGGGUCCUUUUCUCCCAUGAAAAAUUCCAUCAUGCAGCACAACACCCAAUCCCCAGGGGUGUCCAAGGAACAUGCCAGUGUGCGUCCCUCUCUCACCUAGAAACGGAAGACACGCGGCUCUGUUUUGGGGAUGAUGGUGUCGGCUACUACAGGUAA